CCCCGCUGCCGCGCCGUAGGGAGCGGCGGUGACACGUUUCCAUGGGAGAGCGCGGCGCGUGGCACCGGCGGGGGCGGGGAGCGCGGCCGGGCCUUAAAGGGGCCGCACCCGGCGCGGGAGCAGAGCGGGCGCGGCGGCGCGAGCAGAGCGGAGCGGCGGGGAACCAUGGCAGAGAAGAUCCUGGUGACCGGCGGCGCCGGCUACAUCGGCAGUCACUGCGUGCUGGAGCUGGUGGAGGCUGGCUACGUCCCUGUGGUCAUAGACAACUUCCACAAUGCCAUCCGAGGGGCAGACGCGCUCCCCGAGAGCCUCCGGCGUGUGCAGCAGAUCGUGUGCCAGCCCAUCCUCUUCCAGGAGCUGGAUAUCACUGACGGGGCAGCGCUGCAGGAGCUCUUCAGUAAGCACCAUUUCUCAGCCGUGAUACACCUGGCAGGGCUGAAGGCCGUGGGUGAGUCUGUGCAGAAGCCACUGGAGUACUACAGGGUGAACCUCACCGGGACCAUCCAGCUGCUGGAGACCAUGAAGGCCCACGGUGUGAGGAACAUCGUGUUCAGCAGCUCUGCCACCGUCUAUGGAGACCCCAAGUACCUGCCCCUGGACGAGAACCACCCGGUCGGAGGCUGCACCAACCCCUACGGCAAAUCUAAGUACUUCAUCGAGGAAAUGAUUCGAGAUCUCUGCAGAGCAGAGAAGGACUGGAACGCCGUCCUCCUGCGCUAUUUCAACCCAAUCGGUGCCCACGAGUCAGGCAUGAUCGGAGAAGAUCCUCAGGGGAUCCCAAACAACCUCAUGCCCUACGUGGCACAGGUGGCCGUGGGACGCCGGGAAUUCCUGAGCGUAUUCGGGAAUGACUACAAGACGGAUGAUGGAACGGGCGUCAGGGAUUACAUCCACGUCGUGGAUCUGGCCAAGGGCCAUAUUGCUGCUUUGAAGAAGCUCAAGGAGGACUGUGGCUGCAAGAUCUACAAUCUGGGCACAGGCAGCGGCUACUCUGUCCUGCAGAUGGUCCAGGCCAUGGAGAAAGCCUCGGGGAGGGAGAUCAAGUACAAGAUCACAGGCCGGCGGGAGGGGGACGUGGCGUCCUGCUACGCCGACCCAGCGCUGGCCCAGCACGAGCUGGGCUGGAAAGCUGCCUUCGGCCUGGACAAGAUGUGUGAGGAUCUGUGGCGGUGGCAGCUGCAGAAUCCCACAGGCUUCAGCAAGAACUGAGCUGGCUGCCCCCACACCUUUUCCCUUGAUGACCAGUGUGGCUUUAGGGGCCAAGUUCUCUCUCCCACAUGCCGGAGGAGUCCCUGCCAGGCUCCAGCAGCCCCUGCUGCCCGUAGAUGUGGCUGGCACCUGGUUUUGCUUCCACGUUGCCUGUGGCAGCUGCUUCCGUGGCCACGUUGCCGAAGGCUGCUCAGGCGCCGGCUCCCCUGUCACACACUGCUCCUAUUUAUUACCAGCAGCUCUAACGCCUUCGGGAGGCAGUGAUGACGCAGUCAGCCUGGUUGGCUGGCAGCUGGAUUAAUGACUUAUGCUACUAAAUUAUGAAUUGAGCUGUUGUUUUCUUUUUAAAUAAACUUUCUUAUUUUCUAAGCA